CUGCAUGUUCAGUACUGACACCCGGUCCCCUCCCCACACUGGUCUAUAAAUGCCGCGGGCCCGGCCAGUGUCCCAUGCAGGCUGCACUUGGACUGGCCUUGCACCAGAGCAGCUGCCCAGCGAGUCACUCAGGGGAAGUGAGAAGAUGGAGCCAGUCACCUACUUCAGCCUCUGCCUCCUCGGCUGCCUGAUCUUUAAUCCCUCCCUGGCAGCCCCCUCUCUCUCAGCAGAGGCACAGGCUAUGUCGUGUCCCAGAGGCUGGCUCUCCUUCCAUGACACCUGCUAUCGAUACUUCCACAAAAAGAAGAACUGGAUGGAGGCUGAGGCUCAUUGCCAGCACCAAAGGCACAGGGCCCAUCUCGCCUCCAUUCAUAGUCGUGGAGAAAAUAAAAUGCUGGCCCAUUACAUCAAGCGGUACCACAAAAAGUGCAGUCUCGUCUGGAUCGGACUCUCAGACCCUAAGCAUAAUCAAAGCUGGAGAUGGUCAGAUAAUUCCAUGCUCAGUUUCACAGCUUGGGGUAAUGGGCAACCUGAUAGUCCGAGAAAAAACGAGCACUGUGUGGUGUUAGAACAUCCAGGUUUUCAAAAAUGGCACGAUUAUCCCUGUGAUUGGAGAUUCUCUUUUGUUUGUAAGCACAAACCCUAGGGGAGGCAGCUUGCCUGGACCAGAGGGCUCCCAGUACCUGGGCUCUGAGUGAAUCGAGUCCCUUCGGCUCCCCUGGGAGACCAGAUCCUGUGUCCCCAGCUACGAAGUCCCUUCUGCAAAGCAUGGCUGAGUUACGCUGUGUCACUCCCGCUCUGCUCUGCCCCCUUCUCUCCCUGUGGCACCCACGCUCUGCUCUUCUCAGCAAUCUCAGCACAAUGAAGUGAUAAUAAACUUU